UGGGGGAAGCUCUUGUUGUCUCUGCAUAGGUACUAUUCUUGGGAGGGUGGGGUUGUUGUUCUCUUUCUUCAGCAGGGUGUCCAUCUGCCAGGCUCUUGCUGAAGUUGAGAACCAGCGUCCUGAUGUCUCUGCCUAGGGAGGCUGCUCCUUCCAAACUCUUCUCUUCCCAAAUGGCAAUCUUCUGGCUGAUCCCUGUGACAAGUUCAAGGACUUCAUCCCCUGUGGACUUGAUCUGUGCUGUGCGCGACGUCACUGCAGCAGUGAUAUGGUUGUGGAGUUCGAGGCUCAGUUGGCUCUGGGGGGGGUCAUGGGUGGGGGAUGCCGGGGGGGUGUCCUGCGCCGGCAGUGGGCCCGUGUAUUGGUUCUCAGGGGCUAGGCUAGGAAAGUGUUGAGCCUGCUGUGGUGUCUCUGGUCCUAUCUGUACUGGUGGUUGAUGGGGG